GCAUAGUAACCAAGUAACAUGGGUAGAAUAUGUCCUAAAGAGAUUAAUAAAGGUGCUUGGUCUCGAGAAGAAGAUGAUAUUCUUUCCAAAUAUGUUUCCAUUCAUGGAGAAGGAAAAUGGCAAAAGGUUGCUCAAAAUGCAGGUUUAAAGCGGUGUGGAAAAAGUUGCAGACAAAGAUGGUUGAAUUAUCUCAAGCCAGGUAUAAAGAGAGGCGACAUCUCUUCGGAUGAAGAGGAUAUGAUCAUAAGACUUCAUCGUCUACUUGGUAACAGAUGGUCUUUGAUAGCUAAGAGGCUACCAGGACGAACAGACAAUGAAAUCAAGAACUACUGGAAUACGAAUCUAUCAAAGAAGUUACAAAAACAACCUACAUUAUCAUCAUUGCCAUCUUCAUCUUCUUUUUCACUUCAACACAAUCGUCACAAAUGUGGACAUGUAGCACCAGAAACUCCAAGGCCUAGAAGAUUGAAGAUUGUUCAUCAAUACAAGAAAAAUUUGGAGAAUAUUAAUGGAAGUGAGUGUGAUCAAGGGAGUGAUGAAACUUCUAUUGUUGAUUAUCUCAUUGACAUUGAUCAUCAAGAUCAUUUAAUGGUUGUUGAUGAUGAGUCUAACUCAAAGAUUCCAAAAAUGGAAGAUCAUAAGAAGGUAGGUUCAACUAAUAGUACUCAUAGCUCAUCAUCACCUUCUCAUCAUUGUCAUCUUUUAGAAGAGAAAUUUGAACCUUUAGAGACUCUUUUGGAUGUGGAGCUCAAGAAAAUGGCUUCCUUUCUUGGACUUGAAAAUGAUUUAUAGAGAGAUGGUGUUUACACUGAAAAUUGUAGCGAUUGUUUACGAAAAACCAGCGUAAACAAAUGGAAAGUGUCUUCUUUUC